AAUGUAGACACCAAGGAAGAAGUGCAGGGGGAUUGGAGUUAUUGGUUAAGGAAACAGAAGACGGAGAGCGUGGUGUGGCUGCGCACAGGAAGGGGGAGACAGAAUUUGGAGUUAAAUCGGUGGAACGCUCAGGCGUUUGCUGGGGACACCUCGUUGGGUCCUUUCUCAGUGCUGUCGUGUGCGGGAGCGUGUUCCCAACUGGUCCGGACUGAGGCUGCCCGAGUGAGGCUCCCCAGGUUGCUCUGUCCACCGAUUCAUAGUGAGAGAGAGAGAGCACAAGCAGGGGGAGUGGCAGAGGAAGAGGGAGAAGCAGGCUCCCCGCAGAGCAAGGAGCCUGAUGCAGGGCUCGGUCCCAGGGUCCUGGAAUCAUGACCUGAGGUGAAGGCAGCGGCUUAACUGACUGAGCCACCCAGGCACCCCAAGAAAUUAUAGCUUGGACAUUAAAAGAGCUAACUCCAGAAUCAGACAGACGGAUUUUCUGCCGUUUCUUGGCAAAAAUGGCAACUAAUGGUGCUGUUCUGAAGAGACUGGAACAGAAGGGUGCAGAAGCAGAUCAAAUUAUUGACUAUUUAAAGCAGCAAGUUGCUCUUCUUAAGGAGAAAGCAAUUUUGCAGGCAACUUUGAGAGAAGAGAAGAAACUUCGAGUUGAAAAUGCUAAAUUAAAGAAAGAAAUUGAAGAAUUGAAACAAGAGCUAAUUCAGGCAGAAAUUCAAAAUGGAGUGAAACAAAUACCAUUUCCAUCUGGUACUCUGCUGCAAGCUAAUUCCACAGUUUCUGAAAAUGUGAUACAGUCUAGACCAAUAACAACUAUAACUUCUGAUGCCAAAGAACAGAUAGGAGGAGCAGAAGAAAAGAAGAUGAAAGAGAAAAUUGAAGUGAAAGGAGAGAAAAAGGAGAAAAAACAGCAGUCAGUAGCAGGAAGCGCUGACUCUAAGCCAGUAGAUGUUUCUCGUCUGGAUCUUCGAGUUGGUUGUAUCAUCACUGCCAGAAAACACCCUGAUGCAGAUUCUUUAUAUGUGGAAGAAGUAGAUGUUGGAGAAACAGCCCCAAGAACAGUUGUCAGUGGCCUGGUGAAUCAUGUUCCUCUUGAACAGAUGCAAAAUCGGAUGGUGAUUUUACUUUGUAACCUGAAACCUGCAAAGAUGAGGGGAGUAAUAUCUCAAGCAAUGGUAAUGUGUGCUAGUUCACCUGAGAAGGUUGAAAUCUUGGCACCUCCUAAUGGGUCUGUUCCCGGAGACAGAAUUGUUUUUGAUGCUUUUCCUGGAGAACCUGACAAGGAGCUGAAUCCUAAGAAGAAGAUUUGGGAGCAGAUCCAGCCUGAUCUCUUUACUAAUGAUGAGUGUGUAGCUACAUACAAAGGAGCUCCCUUUCAGGUGAAAGGGAAAGGAGUGUGUAGGGCUCAAACUAUGACCAACAGUGGAAUAAAAUAAAAUACUUCAUUUACUGAACUACAUUGGAGAAAACUUUAAUAACAAUAAAAAGAAAUACAUUCGUCACUUGUACCUAAAAUAUAA